UGCGCUCCACCAAUAGGAAGCGGACAGGAGUUCACGCAGGACUGUCUUGGCCGCACUGGCAUCUUCACAAAUGUUUUCUAAACUUUUAUUAGUUGUUUUCUUCGCUGUUAUUUUGCAAAAUGCGCCAUCAAAUGGGCAGAAAAAGAAGGAGACUCUGCUGUCAGAGAAGGUCACUCAGAUGAUGGAGUGGACCAGUAAGCGUGCGGUCAUCAGACUGAAUGGAGAGAAGUUCAGGAGGUUAAUCAGAGCUCCUCCGCGAAACUACUCUGUGAUCAUCAUGUUCACGGCCCUGCAGCCGCAGAGACAGUGUGCAGUCUGUCGACAGGCAGAUGAAGAGUACCAGAUCCUUGCCAACUCUUGGCGAUAUUCAAGUGCAUUUACUAACAAGAUUUUCUUUGCCACUGUGGAUUUCGAUGAAGGUUCAGAUGUUUUUCAGAUGCUCAACAUGAACUCGGCUCCAACAUUCAUCAACUUCCCAGCCAAAGGUAAACCCAAGCGAGCGGACACGUACGAGCUGCAGGUUCGGGGUUUUGCGGCGGAGCAGCUGGCUCGAUGGGUGGCGGACAGAACAGAUGUUCAAAUCCGGGUGAUCAGACCUCCUAACUACGCCGGGCCGCUGAUGCUGGGAUUGCUCCUGGCUGUCAUCGGCAGUCUGGCUUACCUGCGGCGGAAUAACCUGGAGUUUCUGUUUAACAAGAACGUCUGGGCUUUCUCUGCUCUGUGUUUUGUUUUGAUCAUGACAUCGGGCCAAAUGUGGAACCACAUUCGCGGGCCGCCGUACGCUCACAAGAACCCAAACACAGGUCAAGUGAGUUACGUCCACGGCAGCAGUCAGGCUCAGUUUGUGGCAGAAACGCACAUCGUUCUUCUCUUCAAUGGGGCCGUGACUUUAGGGAUGGUGCUGCUUCACGAGGCCGCCACCACUGACCUGGACGUCGGCAAGAGGAAAAUUAUGUGUGUGGCAGGAAUCGGUCUAGUGGUGCUGUUUUUCAGCUGGCUGCUGUCAGUCUUUAAGGCCAAAUAUCACGGAUAUCCGUACAGCUUCUUGUUCAGCUGAAGACUGCUGGCACCCGUGGCAGAUGUUGACGUUUCAAGUGCCUUCAUGUUUAAUAUUGAGUGAUGGAUCUGGUAAACGUCUGCUUCACCCUCUCUACAGGACUUUCUUCUUUUCUUGUGUGUGUUUUUUUAAGUGCAAACAGAAGCAUUGAUUACAUUUAAAAGUUUUGAACGAGCGUUUGAGUUGAGAGUUGAUGGUCUGGCUUCAGUUCAUUUGAAGCAGAUACACUGUAUUGCAUUGCUUGCUGCAGUGUCUUGAGCUUCUAAAGGUGAUCAAAUGUACACUUGGCUUGUGAAUUUGGUUUGGUUAAAAUACUUGGACGUGGGAGGUAGACCGAGACCAGCACGGUAUUUCCAAUUCUACCUCAUCAAUGUGCAUAUGAAGUGUCCAAAGUGAGGUGUGAGAUGGAAGGAAGCUCAGGGUGAUUGAAUGUGUCUUACGUGAGGAGAGCAGUUGAAUGUUUGCUCUUGUUAUGCCUCAGGUGAUGCCAUGUCUGCCAUUAAAAGUGCCUUGACUGCUUGUACACUA